GUUCACUCUUUCUAUCAUGGUUUACUACUCUACAUUUCCGCCUAUCAAGGAACCCCAAACGGGCGUCAUCGAGUUCAUUCUAUCAAACCCCAACCAUGCGCCUGAUAACAAGGUGUUGCUGGUGGACAUUCUCACAGGAGCCAAGAUUACCUACGGCCAACUGAAGGAUCGUAUGCUCCGAUUUGCAGCGGGUCUGCAAGAUCAAUGUGGAUUUAAAAAGGGCGACGUGCUCGCCGUAGUGGCACCGAACCAAAUAGAUUAUUCUAUUCCUGUUUUCGGCGCUUUGGCAGCAGGUGGUGCCGUGACGCCUGCAAAUCCCAAUUACAACGUGACGGAACUGUCAUAUCAGUUGCAAGAAACCAAUGCUAAAGUGCUAAUUGCCCACGAAGAAAAUAUCGAUAAUGCGCUGGCUUCGGCUAAAAAUGCUGGCAUUGACCCCUCCAACGUUUUUGUCUUUGGUGACCGAUCCAUCAAAGGGGUUCGUCCUUUCUCAACCACGCUGUUGGGAACCAGAAAAGCGCAAAUUGUCAAAUAUACUCCGGAAGAAGCCAAAGAAACAGUGGCGUAUCUCUGUUUCUCUUCAGGCACCACAGGUCGAAGUAAAGGCGUCAUGACAACGCAUGCCAAUGUUACGGCCAAUGUCGUGCAGUACACAUCGGUGGACAACCAGUUCAUUGAUGCCAAUGUGGAUCGUAUGAUUGCUGUAUUACCAUUCUUCCACAUCUUUGCGCUGACCUCGAUCAUUCAUGUGGCUCUUUAUUGGGGUAUAACAUCUUAUGUCAUGCCGCGUUUUGAUUUCGUGCGUUUUCUCGAAACGGUUCAAAAUGAAAAGAUCACUUUUGCUUGCUUGGUACCCCCCAUCAUUUUAUUGUUGGCGAGACAUCCACUGGUCCUCAAGUAUGAUCUGUCCUCUUUAAGAAUCGUGAUAUGCGGUGCCGCCCCGCUGAGUGCCGAAUUGGGUCGUGAAGUCAAGGCGCGUUUGCCCAACGCCUCCAUCAAACAGGGUUAUGGCUUGACCGAGACAUCGCCUACAGCUACUAUCGAGCGUACCAAUUGCACUAUCGACGGAUCAUGUGGUCGUUUGGUUGCCAAUAUGAUGGCGAAGAUCGUCGAUGAGCAUGGACAAGAAUUGCCGCCCAAUCAGGCCGGUGAACUGUGGCUCAAAGGACCUAAUAUUAUGAAGGGUUACAUCAACAACCCUCAAGCGACGGCAGAUUGUAUUGAUGCAGAUGGCUACUUUCAUACAGGGGAUGUGGCCGUAGUCGAUGACGACGGCAAUUUCUAUAUUGUAGAUCGCAUCAAAGAGCUGAUCAAAUACAAGGGGUUCCAAGUUCCCCCUGCAGAAUUGGAAGCCAUACUGUUGACUUGUCCACUUGUGAACGAUGCUGCAGUUAUUGGGGUUUACGAUCAUCAACAAGCGACGGAACUUCCGCGAGCUUGUGUGGUAUUGAAAGCCAAUAUCCCAGAGACUGAAGAGACCGCUCAGCGAGUGAUGAAAUUUGUGGCGGAUCAGGUCGUUGCUUACAAGCAAUUACGUAGUGUGCGUUUCUUCAAGGAGAUCCCCAAAAGUCCUUCCGGGAAAAUUCUACGCCGCCUUCUUCGUGAUACAGCCGACAAAGAACAUACUCAUACCACUACUUUGGCUAGAUUAUAAAUGAGAAGGAGCCAAAAAAGCUCAGUUUACAGAGACGAUAAAAAUAAUUCAAAAC